AUGCACUAUCAAAGAAAUCAAUUCUUCAGCACUGUUAAGAAACCUAAAGAUAGAGUUACUUUUCUUGAUGAAGAAAAAGAUGAAAAAUUAAAAGAUACCAAUAAAAAGAAAGAGGAAGCCGUUUCUGUUUAAGAAAUCGAGCUUGAAGAAAAAAAAGAAGAAGAAAAGUAAGAGGCUAAGGAAGAAAAAAAAGAUUAAAAGCAGUAAAAGGAUAAAAAUAAAGCCAAAAAAUAACAUUUUAGACCUGAAGAUUUGAAAAAAGUAAAAGAUUUCAAUAAAAAUAUUGAUGCAAAUUCUUUGUUACGUCGUUGGGAUGUUAAAUUUUUAGAUAUUAAAUGUGAAAAUCUGUAGAAAGAAGCAAUUACGAUAUUUUUAGUUUUUAAAAUUGGUGAAAAAAGCAAGGUAUCUCCAGACGAGUUAAAGAAUAGAAAAGAAGAGUUAGAUUCUGAUAUGAUUAAUUAAAAUUUAUCUUAGAAAUAAUAUAAAAGUGAACUUAUAAAAGAAAUAGAGAAGGAAUCUUUGCGUAAAGUUAAAUUAUUUAUAGAAACAGAAAUACAUGCUAGCUAUAAUAUGCUAAGGCAAAGGAAUUUAGUUAUUGAAGUUUGGGAAUACUCUAGAUGGAGCUUAAAUAAAUUUUUAGGAGUAAAGUAUGUCAAAUUAGAGUAAAUUGCAUAAAGCUCAAUUAACUAAUAAUUUGAUAUUAGGAGAGCUGGGAAAAAUGCCUCUUUUUUGAGACUUUACUUCACUUGUUACUUUUAAGAAAUUUGGGACUUCAGAUUAGAUUUUGAAAACUUAAAAGGUUUUAAUACAAUUGAUGACUAGAGAAAACCUAUUUCUUCUACUUUAAAGAUUACUUUAAUGGAUGACAGUAAUCCAACUGUAAAAACUUCAGAGCAUCCUCAAGCUCUUCAUCCUAAUUGGGGAUACGUUUAGGACUUUAUACAUUUCAGAGGAACUAUGGAUGAUUUAACAGAUAAUUUACUUUAAUUUUCUUUAGCAUAAGGAAGUGCUAUUAACAUAGGAGUUUUGAGUGAAGAUAAAAAAACUCUCAUUUCCCUUAGAGGAAUACACAAAUUCAACUAGCUUUAAGCUAGCAUUAAAGUAAAAGUAAAAAAUUAGAAAUAAAUUCAAAAGAAAAAAGAGGAUGAAGAUGGUUAAGAAGAAAAUAAACUAGAUUAAUUGAAUGAAGAGGAAGUUUACACUUAUAUUGAAGGAAGAAUCAAUUUAAAUUAAAUUCCAAGAUACAUUUAGUCGGGAGAGCUUGUAAGGUAUAAAAAGGAUUAAUAAUACUUUUGCAUAGUAAUCAAUAGAGUUAGUCACAUUUCUGCUCCUGAUGACAGAGGUUUAAUCAAUAGUUAUGUUGUUAUUUAAUGUGGAAACGAAAUGAAACAAACAAGAACUGUAAAAGAUUAAAUGAAUCCUGAUUUUAAUGAAGAAAUGGUUUUUAAAAUUCCUAUAAUUAAAUCUACAAAUUUCUUUGACAAAGUUAACAUCGUUAAUAUCGUUUAAAACUAAAACAAUGUAAAUGUUGAAUCAAUGAGAGACGAGUUAUCAAAGCGUAACGAAGUUAGAUUUUCUCUUUGGGUUGAAGGAAAUCAAAUAACAAGUGAUGAUAAUUUGGGAAUUGCUUCUUUUAACAUCAGUGAACUGGCCUCAUCAUUUUAAUUAGAAGAAAAAGAAGUUAUAGACUUUGAGACCAAAGAGAGAACUAAACACAAAAUUAAAGUUGGAAAUUUCACUAAAAGUUUUAUUUCAAGUAGAUUCGAUGCUUCUCGUAUAACAAUCUCAUUUCUUGCAUUUUUUUUACCUGUCCUUCCAGAGAAUAUUGAUUUGAGAGAUUUUUCGAAGAUAUAAGGAGAUACCUAUCCUUAUGAUAUCAGAGACAAAAUGAAGAUAGUUUAAAAUGACUACUAGUCGAAUGCUUUAUUUACAAGAUGGGAAUCAAAAAUAAAAGAAACAUUCAAAUAAUGGAAUUUGAAGAAAAAUGAAAUAGCUAUAUUUUUAAAAAAUAUUUGGGUUAAAGAUCAAUACAAUAAAUUGCAUUUCAUAUGCAAGUUUGUAGAUACAUUUACUAUUUAAGACAUGAGUUAUGAAGAUACAGACGAAACAGAAAAACAUGAUACCGUACUUGAGACUCUUGAGGAUUUAGCUCAUUACACUCGUUGUAUACCUUUUGUAGAAAGCGAUUAUAACGACAUAUGGUAUCCUCCUGAUUUUUUCUUAUCUUUGAGAAGAGGCUCCAUGAUAGACCAUGCAAUCUUAAUGGCAUGUUUGUUUAUGGGAAGCAGCUCAAUCAAAAAAUCAAAAGAAGAAAUUAAAGAAAAGGAUGAGUUUCCGAUUGAAGAUAGAGUUUUUGUUUGCCUAGGAACCAAUUAAUAUGAAUACAUUGUGUCUUGGGUAAUGGUUUUUAAUCAUAAUUUUGACAGUAUCACUUUUUGGGAUGUCAAAGAAAAUAAAAAGUGGACGUUAAAUAAUAGAGUUGAAGCGGAAUAGAUAAUAUUUCUUAAGUAGCAUUUAAAUCCCAGUAUAAGAGAUAAAAAAAACAUUAAAAUAGGCUUAAAUCUACUAGGAUUUAAGUCGAAAUAGGAGAGAGAACUAGAAAAAAAGCUUAAAGAGGAACAAAAAAGGCUAGAAUUGUAGGCUAAGCUUGAGUAAGAAGCAAAGGAAGAAAAGAGAAGAUAAGAAGAGGAGCAAUAAAGGCAAGAAAUGAUUAAUCAAUAAUAAGAAGUUUAGAAAGUGAUAUCUGAUUUGUAGCAAAAGGAACCUAAGAGUGAAUAACAAAAAGAUACAGGUUUCUUAGCUAUGCUUAAUAAGGAAGACAAUAUUAAAUAGAAUUAGUUAUUUUCAGCUGAUGAAAUAGAAAGAGGUACUAUGAGACGUAAUUAAAUAAAAAAGCUUGAAGAUCUAAGUACUCAGUAAAAUACAGUAUAAGAGCCUCCUAAGAAAGGUUCAACUUAAACAGAUACUUUUCUUUAGAGCUAAAUAAAUGACAGAAAAACAUUUAGCAAGGCUCAAUAAGAAUCGAAUCAUCCUAAAAAAACAUUCUUGGACGCACACAAGGAUGAAAUGAUUCAGAAAUAAGAUUAAGGAGAACUAACAAAAUUCAAAAAGGUUGAAGAAUUCGGUGAUAGAGAAGGUGAAUUUGAAGAUCUACCAUAUAAGUCAAUACAAAUAAUUUUUAAUCAUAAAAAUGUUUAUGCUAAUUUAAGUAACUAAAAUCCAACAGCUAUUUUCUAUCAUCUUCAUGAUCCAAAGAAAUGGUUUCCCUACUUAGAAGGCAAUUAGUAAAAGUUAGGCAGCUUUUAUUUACCAUCAAAUCCUUAUCCCAAAAUGUCAAAGUAAGCAGCUGACAAUUCUUUAGAUUCUAUAUUAAGUGAUAUUAAAGAUGGUAUAAGUAACAUGAGAAGUAACGAAGGCUUAUAAACUCAUUGGAAGUCCAACUUGGACUAAAGUUGCAAACUCCUGAAGCACUACGCACGUUGCUUAGAAUAUAAAGACAAAAAUAGAAAAAUGAAAGUGAAAGAUCCUGAAACAAAUGAAGAGCUUGAAAUGGAUUUCGAUGCUUUGAGAGCGAAAUUUGAAAAGGACAUGAAAAAUUUAAUGCCAACUGACUAUCAUUUUUAGUGUUUACCUAUGAAAUUCCUAUUCAUUGAAAAAAGUUAAAUUAGAGCCUUAAUCGAAGAAAAGGCUAAAUCCUUCUUCUUGUUAAAGAAAAAGCACAUUAUUUUUGGCAUGAAUGGCAAAAUAUUUAGAUAUCCUAACAAAAUAAACUGCUUAAGAAUAGUAAUUGCCAUGUUUUACAGUAACCUUGAUAACAUAUAAAACGAAAAAGAUAAAGAUAAGAAUCUGAGAGAUGAGAACGAAAUAAGAGAAGAAGAUGAUGAAGAAAACUCUAAUUUAAUGGAAUCAGAAGAUCUAGAUGAAUAAGAAGAGAAAUCUAAUUUAAAAAAGUCCUCUUUUAAGAAAUCUACGCGCUGA